AUUUGGAGUCUGCCUUUGCCAGGGUAUAAAUUCUGGGUCAUACAGUAUCUCCGACAACAAGCCUUGUAGCUCCAGCAAGGAUCACCUUCAUCAGUUUUAGAACUACAGCUUCAAAAUGUCCCAGACACCUAAAGCUGCUGCUGCUGCCAGCCAAGGCACUGAUACCAAGGAAAAGGGGACCCCUGUUCCAGUUCCCGUUCCUAUAACCAAGCCCUCUAAAUCUGGUGAAACUAGCCUGGGAACCUUCAAGGUGAUCAUCUUUGAACAGGAAAACUUCCAAGGAAGACACAUGGAGCUUCUGAAUGAGUGUGUGAACCUCGGGGAGCGAGGCUUUGACAGAGUACGCAGCGUUAUUGUCGACUCUGGACCCUGGGUUGCUUACGAGCAGUCCAACUUCCGUGGCGAGAUGUUUAUCUUGGAGAAGGGCGAGUAUCCUCGUUGGGAUACCUGGUCUAGCAGCCAUAGGAGCGACUGCUUCGUGUCCCUACGCCCCAUCCGAAUGGAUAGCCAAGAACAUAAAAUCUCCUUGUUCGAAUCCGCCGACUUCAAGGGCAACAAGAUGGAAAUCAUUGAGGAUGACGUGCCCAGCCUGUGGGCCUAUGGAUUCUGUGACCGCGUGGGAAGCGUAAAAGUUCCUAGUGGAACUUGGGUCGGAUACCAGUAUCCUGGAUACAGAGGCUACCAAUACCUGUUCGAAAUGUGUGAUUACAAACAUUGGAAUGAAUGGAGUGCUUUCCAGCCCCAGAUCCAGUCUAUACGUCGUAUCAGAGACAUGCAAUGGCAUCAGAAAGGGUGUUUUCUUAUCCCCACCUCUGCCACCAUCACCAAGUGA